AUUGGUUGACGUGUGUGACGAUUGCUGACGUGUGUGUGACGAUUGCGGACAUUUGCUUCGUCUUUUACGCGAAUUAGAUAAAUAAUAUUAUGUGAUAUUUGACGGUAAUGUGUUAAUAAUUUCACACAUAAGUCGCUCCGGAGUAUAUGUCGCACCACCGGCCAAACUAUGAAAAAAACUGCGAUUUAUAAUCCGAAAAAUACGGUAAUCGCAAACUGUCGGCCCCCACAACAAUACUCCUCAUUUAUCAGCCUCCAAAACCAAACUCGGCAUUCAUCUCUGCGCUUCAAAACUUUCUUACCACACUCUGCACCUGCAAACCUGAUAAUACUUGAUGACAUACAUAUUCACGUCGACUCCUCCACCUGUCCCUUUGCAGCUGAAUUUCUUCACUCAUUGGACUGCCUAAACCUUAAACAACAUGUUAAAGUUCCCACACACACCAAAGGACACACCCUCAACCGAGUGAUGAUAACCUCUGCCCCCAUUAAAUCCUUCAAGUCUACAACCUGGGAAUCUCAGACCGCGAGGCAAUAUCCAUGGAGCUCACACCACUUUCCUCCCACCAAAAGCCCCCACGUCAUUAACCAGUCCCUUCAGUCCAGCCAUGUCCCAUCAGCUCUUAAGACGACAAUCAUCACACCUCAUCUCAAAAAGUCCACUUUAAACCCAAAUAUCCUCACACAUUACAGGCCCAUAUCCAACCUCCCGUUCCUGUCCAAAUCCCUAGAAAAAACAGUCUCUGUCAAAUUCAUGAACAUCUGGAACGUAAUCAACAAUACGAAAAAUUCAGGUCAGGCUUCCGUUCAGCACACAGUACAGAAACUGCCUUUGUUAGUCUCAAAUAACCUACUUCUGGCUACUGAUAACAGUUGCCCUUCCCUCCUCAUCUUCCUUGACUUGACCGCUGCAUUUGAUACAGUUGACCACAACAUCCUGCUCCAGCGUCUACACUUCACUGCUGGUCUGUCUGGUCCCACCCUGGAAUGGUUCAGAGCCUACUUCAACGACAGGCUGGACUACUGCAACACACUUCUCAUCGGGAUCCCAAGCAAGAGCCUUCAAAACUUCAAUCCUUAAAGACCUUCACUGGCUCCUCAUACAAUACAGAUUCCAAUAUAAAAUCUCCCUCCUUACCCACCAGUGCAUUCAUGGCAACGUCCCACCUUAUCUGAAAUAACUUUUAACCCCUCAAAUCAGUUCCAGACACCUACGGUCCAGCAAAUCAAACUGCCUCUUUACACCCAGAACCAAGCUUUGCUCGAUGGGGGACCAAGCCAUCUCCUCAUCUGUACUCUGCCUCUGGAACAUUCUCCCAGACCACAUCAAAACCCCACAGACAGAUGAAUCUUUCAAAAAACAACUCAAAACCUUCCUUUUCAACAAAGUAUUCCCCUCCUAAGCACUUCUUAGUUGUUUUUAAUAUGUAGUAACAGGCACGUGUUAAUACGCAUGUUCCUGUUACUAUAUUACAUAUAGUAUAGUAUACAUAUACUUUACAGCAUGUACAUAAAGUGUUGUUGGAUAUCUUGAGAGCCAUUUAUAGGUAGAUUAAAGCAAAUCCUAUUUUUGAGGAAUUACAAUGCAUAAAAAAAGGAAAAACAUUGAUGUGCUAGUCUCUCAAAAGGAUUGUGAAUCACAUAGACAAAAUAGCAAAAAAAAAGUGCAGUACUGUAGUUUUCAAGUAAAUACCAAAUGUUAUGAUGUAAUGGAAGUACACACUAGGGCUGUGCGACAUUACAAUCGCUAUCGUGAUACAACAUAAAAAUGUCCUAUCAUACGAUAUAAUUAUCUGUUUUUUAUAUAAUUUUUUUAUGUCUGGGAUGCGGCCAAAGUAACUGCAGCAACAACGCUACCUUCUGGUAACAUUUUUAUGUUACUUGAAAGAACUUUACGGCGACAGCUGGCAGGAGCAUGGAGGUCAACAACAUCGCAAAGACGGAAACCACAUUGGAAGCUAAAACAACAAAACCCAAAGAGUAAUUGGUGCCAAA